CUCUGGUCCACACACACAGCCGCUCUCUAUCGGCGGGAUGGACGUGUUAUCCCGGCCCCCUGGAUCUAUCCUCAGCACAGCGCUGCAGCGGGACAAGCCAGGCCCGACAUGAGAGCACUGGGACGGGAGAAGAAGUCCCGCCUGCCGCCACGGCUCACCGUCCAGCCCGAGGCGGUGUUGGCUGUGGGUCGAUACGCCCUACUCGCCGCGGUGUGCGCCCUCUGCUACAGCAGCUCUCUCCACGGAGAGUUGGUGCACGACGACGUGUGGGCUAUUAUCAACAACCCGGACGUCCGACCCGGCUCCAGCCUAAAGAACGUCUUCAGCAACGACUUCUGGGGCAAAAGGAUGGCGGACAACACGAGCCACAAGUCCUACAGACCGCUGUGCAUACUCACCUUCAGGUUGAACAUCCUGCUAGGCGGCAUGACACCUCUCUACUUCCACAUCAUCAACGUGUGUUUGCACUGCGCUGUAACCUGCCUGCUCAUGCACACGUGUGAGCGCUGCGUGUUUGAAGACUCACGCCUGGCCUUUGUCACAGCACUUCUGUUUGCUGUGCACCCCAUCCACACUGAAGCCGUGUCUGGUAUCGUGGGCAGGGCUGAUGUCUUAGCAUGUCUCCUUUUCUUGCUGACAUUCCUCUCCUACAUCAGGAGUGUGGGUGUGUGUAUGUGUGAGGGCACACUGCCACCCACGAUGUCAGGAUGGUUUCUGCUGGCCAGUUUGUUGCUGGGCACCUGUGCCAUGCUAGUGAAGGAGACAGGCAUCACGGUGUUCGCCGUGUGCGUGCUCUACGACGCCCUGGUACUGUGCCGCAGACCUUUCAUCCAUCAGCUGUCAGGCUCCAGAGUAAGAGACCUCCGCUCCGUCUGCAGUCCCUUCAUCAAACGAGCAUGCCUCAUCUCUGGCUUUGUACUCGUCAUCAUGUCCGUCAGGCUGUGGCUGAUGGGAGGAUCCAUGCCUCUGUUCUCUGAACAGGACAACCCUGCCUCCUUCUCCCCACACCUGCUUACCAGGAUGUUGACCUAUUCGUACCUGCUGUCUUUCAAUGCCUGGCUGCUGCUGGCCCCCGUCGUGCUGUGUUAUGAUUGGCAGGUAGGCAGUAUCCCCCUGGUGGAGUCGCUGGGGGACAUCCGCAAUGUGUCCACUGUGCUGCUGGCCGCGGUGAUAGUCGCCCUCUGCCUCAGCUGCGUCUUCUCACUGCAGGGCCCGGGGAGCAGGGAGGUGUUGGUUGGAAUGUUAUUCCUGAUGUUUCCCUUCAUUCCCGCCAGUAACCUUUUCUUCAGGGUUGGAUUUGUCGUAGCAGAGAGGGUUCUCUACAUGCCAAGUAUGGGUUACUGUAUCCUGGUGGCUCACGGCCUGGGGCGUUUGUGUUCGCUGGUUGGCCGUUGGGGUACCACAGUCCUCAGCGUGUCCAUGCUGCUGCUGCUCCUGCUCUUCUCCUGGAAGACCGUCCAGCAGAACCAUGUCUGGCUCUCCAGGGAGGCCCUCUUCCGCUCUGGUAUCCAGACUCUGCCACACAAUGCCAAAGUCCACUACAACUACGCAAACUUCCUGAAAGACAACAGCCGGCCCCAGGAGGCCAUUCACCACUACACCACUGCCCUCAGAUUAUACCCCCGCCAUGCCAGCGCCAUGAACAAUCUGGGCACUCUGACUCGUGACCCAGAGGAGGCUGAGCGCUACUACAGGAAGGCACUGGACACCAACCCUCAGCAUAACCGAGCUCUGUUUAACCUGGGGAACCUCCUCAAGUCACUUGGGAAGGAAGAAGAAGCUGAGACUCUGCUGAAGCACUCCAUACACUUCGGUCCACAUUUUGCUGAUGCUUACUCCAGUCUGGCAUCACUCUAUGCUGAACAGAAACGCUUUGCUGAAGCCAAAGAAGUGUAUUUGGAAGGAAUAGGGAAGUGUCCGGACAGUUCCGACCUGCAUAAUAACUACGGAGUGUUUCUUGUGGAUACUGGAGAGGGGGAGCUGGCAGCCGCUCACUACCAGCAGGCUGUCAGACUUAAACCAGCGCACUAUGUUGCCAUGGUGAACCUGGGCCGUCUACUGCGAUCAUCCAAUGAGAACACAGAAGCGGAGUCUUGGUACAAGAGGGCGCUGCAGGUGUCGAGGAAGGUGGACAUCCUGACUCCGCUUGGAGCUCUCUACUACAACACGGGCCGCUACGACGAGGCCCUGCAGGUGUACAGCGAGGCUGCUGCCCUGCAGCCCCACAGCACCGACAUCUGGCUGGCUCUGGCUCAGGUAUUAGCUAUGGCUGGUCGCAGCAAAGAGUCGGAGAAGAUGACGCUGGACAUCAUAUCCAGAGAGGGCGGCUGCAUUGAGUGUUACCGCCUUCUUUCUGCCAUCUACAGCAAGCGCGGAAACUACACACAGGCGCUGGCUGCUCUGGACCAAGCCCUGCAGCAGAGUCCCAGUGAUUUGACCGUGAGAGCAGAGCUGUAUUUCUCCAAAGGAAACCAGCUCAGAGAGAUGAACCAGCUGGACCGAGCCUUCCAGAGCUACAAGCUAGCUGUGGAACUGAAACCGGAUCAGUCCCAGGCCUGGAUGAACAUGGGGGGGAUUCAGCACAUCAAGGGAGACUAUGCAGCUGCCAGGAUGUAUUACCAGCGGGCCCUGCUCCUGAGCCCCGGCUCCAAACUCCUGAAGGAAAACCUGGCCAAGCUGGACCGAUUGGAGAGGAAAGUGACAGGGGGAUCGUAGAGCACCACAUGCCCCCACAUGACAACUUGUCUGGAACCCAGACACCAGCCACAGGCUGGUUACUAAGACGACAGGCCUGAGAGCAGAGGAGGAGAGAACACUCUUCAGGUCCGGUCUUGUGCAGUGAGAGACGGGGGAGCCACAGUCAGGAAGCUUCCCUCGUGGGGGCAGGGGGGACCACUGGCCAAGACGAUUGGAGCUCCAUGUGAUCUGCAUCAGCAUUACUUCAAUAGCCACAUCUGCUUUAAACAUUUGUGUUUGAUUGAUUUAUUGUUUAGCAUUAUGUAAAGUCAUCUCCUUUAUGUACUUAAUCACAGAGGGAAACUCAGUCUGUUAGAAUGUUUUACAAGAAGUGCAGUGAAAGUGUGAGGGGAAAUGUUUUUAUUAUGAAAGUUAUGAGCUUGGGAACAAAAUCUCUCUCAAAGGUCCACUUUGUAGCUUUAAGAACUUUCUUUAAGUCUAUGUGUUAUGUUUGAUGUUGGAUGUGAAUGUCCACUGGGAUAUUCACAUUAUCGCUCAUCAACCAUAAGAAGGACAAGUUACAAGCAAGGUUGGGAAAGCUUGCUGUAUACUCUUCUUUAUAAGUAGUUCACCAAAGAUAUACAACUGAAGGCACAGGAAAUCUAAUAAGUGCACUUUUGAGCUUAGUUCAUUGUGCUGCACAUGAAGAAAAUGGGUUGACAAGAUAAACUGUAAGCCCACUGUAUCCACUAUACUCUCUGGAGUAUAUCAAUGAGUACAAAAGAUGUAAAGAUCUCAGAAUGUAUGAGAAAUGGAUUAGGAUUCAUACCAGCUGCUUUCUAUUUAGACAUGAACUGAACUAGGUUCAAAUGACUUCUAUUUCCAUAACAAGCUGCAGGUCGGACCUGAUGUUUGGUUGCGUGUUGUGACUCUUGACAGUUGUUUUGAUUGUAAAUGGAUUUUGUUGUUGAAAUGGAAUGAAAUGAAGUGACGAGUGCAAUGACUGAAAUGCACCAGGAAAAUAAAGUAUAUGUUUUUAUUAAA